AUGCGAUUGAAUGUGAUGCGGACUCGUUUUGCUGAGGGCACUGGUCGGCGACGUCGAGGCGUCGACAUGCUUCGUCAGGCGAAUAAGGCAUUUGCUCCAGAUCGAGUAGUCGUGUGGAGAGAGAGCAUUUAUGGCGGAGUCAAUGCAACUGCGAUGGGAAGAAUGAGUGAAAGCAAUGUUGCUGGCGUGCAUGUCAAGCUGUUGGCGGGACGAGACGAGCGAGCGAGAGAGAGAGAGAGAGAGAGAGAGAGAGAGAGAGGCAAGGGAAGACGGAUUGGUUGGGCAUUGGUUGUGUCUGUUCAUCGCGUCUCUUCAAUCACCUCCUCGGCCCGGUCGCUCCUCGAACCAGCAGACCAUGCUCCACGACACCUCGACACGCCCUCGGACGCCAACUCGCCAACUCGCCGAUCCACUCAACUGGCAUUGCGUCAGUCACUAAUCACUUCUUCAAGUGUCCACACGCAAACCGAGUGCUUGACACACCAACAUGGCGUCUUUUGCGUUGUUCACUUGCACCUUGACUCGUUCCUCCCUUUUCACUCCAUCUCCACCCCUUUGGAGUCCCAUUUCUGGCGCCGCUCGUGUGUGCAUGUGUGCAUGCGGUCACUGGUUCGGCAGUACAUCGGCCAAGUGUCCGUCUCUAUUUUGCUUCAUUCAACUGCAGUACACCUUUUCUCUCUCUCUCUCUCCCUCUCCUUUUCUAUGCCCAAAUGUGUCCUUGCAUCCAUGCCACGCAUGCUCUCUCUGCUGCCCACUUUCUGUAGGCGCAAGAUGGCGAAGUGUAUCCGAGUUGCUUGUGCUGGCCACGGAUCAACUUUACUCACAUGCUCUCUCUUUGUCAUUAGGCCCAGUCACACAUCUUCCUCCCCCUCUCUCCCUCUCUCCCUCUCUCGCUUUCUCCCUAUGACACACCUCCCCACCUCGUUAGGCGGCUACGGGGCGAGGGAGGUGGGAGAGGGUGGGACUAGAGGCGCGGAUUAG